GUCUCUCAGUCCGCGUCCGUCGGUCCCGUGCGCCGGCCGCAUCACCGAGCACCCAUCCGCUGUGAUCGUACACGCGGCACUCGCGGCGCGUGGCACACCAUAUUGCAACAACUCGAUUUGACAACUCAUACAUCCAUGUGAUAAUGACACUGUGAUAACACGACAUGCGGUCGUCUUAACAGUGUCACUAUCAACUUUAACUUAACGAUAACCUUUCAGUGAUAAUGAGUUGAGUUAUAUUAUGCGUGUUAAAUAAUACGAAAACAUUGUGAACUAAAGUGAUAUUAGUGCCUUGUGAACAUGUAUAGUUUCGAUAAGGAUUUGUGGCAUGUGAGGAGGCCUUCGGAGUCGCAGGAGACUCCCAACAGUGCUUCUACAGAGAGAGAACGGAGUGAGAGCCCCACUAGUGCAGUGGGUGCCGAGGCGCCCCGAGAACUGCCCAACGAGCUGUCAGCCCCGUACGAGGUGCCGCAGUUCCCCAUAGAACAGAUCGAGAAGAAGCUGCUGAUACAGAGGCAGCUGAACGUCAAGGCAGCAGAAUGCGGGCAGUCAGUGCGUUCGUUCGGCGGUGGCAGCGAGGCGGGCGGAGCCGGGGCGGUGUUCGACGAGAGGCUGCGGUCCGCUGAUGAUGAUGAGACCGACUUCGUGCUGCCGCAUUUCCAGAGAGUUGCCAUCAGCGGAGAGGAUACUUCUGGGGUACCGCUGGAAGAUCUCCAGCAAGCGUCUUCGUACCUGGUGCAGGCGCUGGAGAUGCGCAAGCGCUACAUGGAGAUGUCGCAGCAGAGCUACGCCACCAUCACGGCUCGGUUCGUGCGCAGCACUGACGCCAAUGCACCCGCCUACGUGCCCAGCGUGCACGUGCAGAAACACAUCGCCGAUCACAUCGUCCACCCGCCAUUUAGGGCGGGCAAGGAUCCGUGGGAGUGCCCCAACCCCGAGCCGAAGGACUACGUGAUCAGGCCGGACAAGGGCGUGUUCAACCUGUACAAGAAGGGAGCCGACGGGCAGGAGGAGCGGCUGCCGUACGAGUACAUCACGCUGCAGCAGUUCAUCCAGGACAAGAACACCAUGUGCAACAUGAUGUCGGAUGGACCUCUCAAAUCGUUCUGCUACCGUCGGCUGUCGUACCUGUCGUCCAAGUUCCAGCUGCACGUGUUGCUCAACGAGCUCCGAGAGCUUGCCUCGCAGAAGGCCGUGCCGCACCGAGACUUCUACAACAUCAGGAAAGUGGACACUCACAUCCACGCAGCAUCUUGCAUGAACCAGAAACAUCUGCUGCGCUUCAUUAAGAAGACCCUGAAGAACCAUGCUGAUGAGGUGGUGACACUCCACAAAGGCACUCCAAUGACGCUGAAGUCAGUGUUCCAGUCUAUGAACCUCAGCACCUACGAUCUCACAGUGGAUAUGCUGGACGUGCAUGCCGACCGCAACACGUUCCACCGUUUCGACAAGUUCAACGCCAAGUAUAACCCUAUCGGUGAGAGCAGACUGCGCGAGGUCUUCCUCAAGACUGACAACUACAUGAACGGGAAGUACUUCGCUAGGAUCAUCAAGGAAGUAGCAUCCGAUCUAGAAGAGUCCAAGUACCAGAACGCAGAGCUGCGUCUGUCGAUCUACGGCAAGAGUCCAAGCGAGUGGGCCAAGCUGGCCAAGUGGGCCAUCCAGUACAACGUCUACUCCGACAACGUGCGCUGGCUCAUACAGAUCCCACGACUAUACGAUAUCUUCAAGUCCAACAAGAUAAUGACCAACUUCCAAGAGUUCCUGAGCAACAUCUUCCAGCCGUUGUUCGAGGUCACCAGGGACCCCAACAGCAACUACGAACUGCACAAGUUUCUUACUCACGUAGUGGGUUUCGACAGCGUAGACGAUGAGUCGAAGCCAGAGAAUCCAAUGCUGGACGCUGACGCCAAGAGCCCCGAGGAGUAUGAUGAUGAGGAGAAUCCGCCGUACGCGUACUACCUGUACUACAUGUACGCCAACAUGACUGUGCUCAACCACUUCAGGAAGGAGCAAGGAUUGAACACCUUCGUGCUACGCCCUCACUGCGGUGAGGCAGGUCCAGUGCAGCAUCUUGUCUGCGGGUUCCUGCUCGCUGAGAACAUCUCUCACGGACUGCUGCUUAGGAAGGUACCAGUCCUCCAGUACCUGUACUACCUGGCCCAGAUCUACAUCGCGAUGUCUCCGCUCAGCAACAACUCUUUGUUCCUCAACUACCACCGCAACCCUCUGCCGGAGUUCCUGGCCCGAGGGCUCUGCAUCACGCUCAGUACUGAUGAUCCGCUGCAGUUCCACUUCACCAAGGAGCCGCUGAUGGAGGAGUACAGCAUCGCGGCGCAGGUGUGGAAGCUCAGCUCCUGCGACAUGUGCGAGCUCGCCAGGAACUCCGUGCUCAUGUCCGGGUUCCCGCAUGAGAUGAAGCAGUACUGGCUGGGGCCGAACUACAUGAAGGAGGGGGUGGCGGGCAACGACAUCACGCGCACCAACGUGCCCGACAUCCGCAUCUCCUUCCGCCACGAGACCCUGCUCGACGAGCUCACCAACAUCUUCAAGGACGGUAUGUCAGCUCGGAGAUAAACAACGUCCACAGACAGGACAGUGGAUGAACAAACAUACAUUAAUGUUUACUAAAGUCAAACUUAGACUGUAUACUAACCAAUUUAAUUGUUUUUAUAUAUAAAUACGUAAAACCAGGGCUGCAGUGCCUCUAAAUAAAAAUGUUUAAAGUAAGGAUAGACCCUAUAGUUGACCCCUUGUGAUAACUAGGCGAAAAUGAAAGAUUGAAAGUGCCAUCGCAUUGUUUUAUAGAAUGAUCUGCUGCUCUUGAAUUUAUAGAAAUUAAACAGAUUUGUGGACUACGAAUGUGGAUGUACUACACGUCUGUACCCUUAGUACGAGUUUGCUAAAGUAAUCCAAACGAGAGCACGUUCGGCGCUUCGAUUGGUUGGUUUAUUCGAGCCGGCCAAUCAGAGCGCCGAACACACUCUCGUUUUGAUUACUUCAAACGUAUAGCAAACUCGUACUAAGGGUGCUGAUGAUGUAGCUGGACAAAGUCUUAAUCUUACUAUUGAUAUCCCAAAGUAGCUAAAAUAUUCGUUAGAAGACAAAUAUUUAAGAUGGAGAGUUAAGUUACUAAACUGCCAUGACAUUUUGCAUUUAUUGUAGGAGAAUUACAUUUAGCGAUUGAAGAGACUAACAACAUUAAACCUAUAAAUGAGUUACUCGAGAUUUUAAUAAAAAUUCUUGGCUAUACCGAUACAUUCACAUUCCUAGUUCAUAACGUUUUCCAAAUCUUACCUUAUUACCUAACUAAGUAGAAUUUAUUGUGGAAGCUUUUUCAAUUGUAUCUACAAUUUUAUAUACAUUGUCAUCAAGCCGCAGCUCACAUUUCAUCUUCUAUAAUAAAAUCUAUUUCGUAAGAAAGAUCAACAAUUUAUAAACAAACUUCUUUUCAUGAAUUCUUUAUAUUUACUUCUGUUUAAUCAUUUUUACCAUGUAACUCUCUUCUUGAACAUUUGUAGUCUCUUUUACUCUUAUAGAUUAUUACUACAAUCUUCCUAAAUUACUACUACUAUUCCAAAUCUUUUAUCCAUGGAAAGAUUAUGUUAUUUUCCCUCUAUGAUCUUUCUCAUCUUGUCUCUUUAAAAUUCUGAGACGUCGACUUCUCCUGACUAACCUUCAUCUAUUUCUUUAAAAAAAUAAAUUUAACCUACUAACUUCUUGUCAUUAAUGAAAAUUAAUAACAUUUCUACGAAUUUAUUCCUAUUAAUUAAAUACAUUUUUAAUCUCACUUCCAUCAUCUCGAGUGUCUUACUAACAAUACCUAUUAGCUUAGCUUGCGUGAGCUGCCGGCCCUAGCUUUACUGGUUGUAUAGUCUAACCAUAUGUGAUCGUCUAACUUGUGUUACUGUAACCUUUAAUAUAUUAAUUAUGUUAAUGUUAAUAUCUAUUGUAUUUUUAUUGUUAUUGAAACUGUAUUCAAGUGCUACAUGUUGGUAUAUUUCAGUAUAAUUAUUACCUUAAUCAAAGCAUUUGUUUUUUUUAUUAUAACUCUAAUAAAUACAUACGAGAUGGCUCGAACUUCAUGCAAUGCUGCUCAUGAUUAUAAGCCCCUAGCACGACUUGAAACCAGUCGAGUUACCUUGUAAAACAGUUACGUCAGAAAGUCGUUAAAUACAAUUAAGAUAUUAAUUGAUUUAAGAAAUGUGAUUUGAAUACAGUUUCAUUAUAAUAUCUAACGCAUUUUUGUGCUUCUGUUCAAAUGGUAUGCGAUUGUGUCUGUACGUUUUGUGUGAUGUUUUUAAACGUUAAAUCAGAAUCAACUUUUAAUAUUAUUUAUAAUAUGAAAGUGUUUUUAAUACUUCCUUCAAGUUCUACCAUUCCAUCCUAUCUCGGUAACUAAUGUCCCAAAAUUUUAAGCCGCAUAGCAUUUGCAUGGAAUAAUGUAGUGUCGUACUUAACACUACUUGUGUAAUUAUGUUUAUAUAUAGGUACCAAUAUUUAUAAACCAUGAUUAUAAAAUAUACAUGUUAUCAUUGUUGAAAAUAAACAAAAAUCAUAUUGAA